CUUCGGUACCGGCGGAAUUGGGGACUCCGAACACUCCACCCCGAAUACGUCGCCAAACCAAAAAUGGAGUCAAGUGCCGAGGCUUGUAGAAGUGUAGAAGCAGUCUCCAUGCAAUCAAUUACCGUUAUUGUGUAAUUGUAUGUAUGUAUGUAUGUAACUCGGAUUGGUUCUUGAGAUUUAUUCCCUGCCACUCUACUACCAAUUCUACUGCAACUGUACCUGUACCUGUACCUGGACCUACCUAUCUAAUGUCCCUGUGGCGUGCUACUGCUCCCCGUUGGUUGACUCUACAGCCAUCAUCGAGUUCCAGUUCCCGCUGGCUUAAUAAAUACUACACCACCACCGCUACGACCUCUUCUCGUUCCCCGCGAUUCUCACCUCUCAACACAAAACACAACCACAGCAGUCCUCACCAGAGAAAUAUCACUCAUAACCAUUUUCGCCAACUGAGUACAACUGCAAAGAUGGCUUCCGCUACUAGCUUUUACGACUUCAAGCCUCUUGACAAGCGCGGUCAAGAGGUUCCCCUCGCCGACUACAAGGGUAAGGUCGUCCUCAUUGUCAACACAGCCUCCAAGUGCGGCUUCACUCCCCAGUAUGCUGGUCUCGAGAAGCUCUGGACCAAGCUCAAGGAGAAGUACCCUGAGGACUUUGUCAUUCUCGGCUUCCCCUGCAACCAGUUCGGUGGCCAGGAGCCCGGCACCGACGACGACAUCCAGGAGUUCUGCCAGCUCAACUACGGCGUGACCUUCCCCAUCAUGCAGAAGACCGAGGUCAACGGCGACAACACCAACCCUCUCUGGGCCUGGCUCAAGGACCAGCAGUCGGGUCUUUUGGGCCUCAAGCGCAUUAAGUGGAACUUUGAGAAGUUCCUUGUUGGACGUGAUGGAAAGGUCAAGGGGCGCUGGGCUAGCACCACCAAGCCCGAGUCUCUGGAGGAGCCUAUCCUGAAGGCUCUUGCGGAGAAGACCGAGGCUUAAUUUGAGAUGAGUGAACGGCAAAAAGUGUCGCUGCUGAGCCCUUUCAAUCUAAAAUGAGAUACCCUGUUGGGGCCAGACAGCGACACGAGGAUUAUGAAGUUUUGAUGGGGGUUUUUAGACUCAUGCGUACUGCUACAUAAACUAAUACAAGGAUCUAUCCUACAUUGACCUGUUCUGCCUGUAA